UAAUACCACUAGAUUGUAGAUGAGAAAUAAAUAUACAACACGUAAGAAGCGAAAAUGUAGUGUUACUGUUUGGACAAAUCAGCAUCUGAACCCAAAUACUAAUUUACUCACUAAACACCAUCUCAAUCAAAACCCUACCCACCAUCUGCUAUGAAGAUCGCAAUUCGCUGCUUUCUGCUGCUGCUGCUUCUAUCCUCCUGCUGUUUCUCAUCUCCAAUUUCCCUUUCAGAUAAUGUCGUCUUCACCUCUCAACCUUCAAUCAGACGAAACCUUCUUCAGGCUGCCAAACCAUGCCCAGUAAACUUAGAGUCUAUGAAUUAUACAAUCAUCACUAGCAGUUGCAAAGGUCCAAAAUACUCUGCUAAUAUCUGUUGUCAAGCUCUCAAAGACUUUGCCUGUCCUUUCACUAGCGAAUUGGACGACUUGUCAAACGAUUGUUCGACGGUAAUGUUCAGCUACAUCAACCGCUACGGGAAUUAUCCACCUGGACUUUUUUCUAGUUUGUGUCAUGGUGACAAUGUUGGGCUACCUUGUGAUGCAGUACCACCAGGGGUGGGCCGGGGUGGGGUGACAGAUGAUUCUAACCACACCCCGACUAUCUGCAAUCCAUCCUCACUGCUAAUUCUAACCACAGGAUUCCUAAUCUUGUUCUUCUAGUGAGUUUCAAUAUGUUCUAGAUUGUGUUGAUAUACAUAUAAAUAUUUUUAUAUCAGUAAACAAUUCUAACUACAGGAUUCCUAAUCUUGUUUUUUUGGUGAGUUUCAAGGUUCAAGGUUAUGUUCUAGAUUGUGUUGAUAUAUAGGGCCAAACUCAUAAAAAACUCCUAUAAGUUAGAAAGUCUAUGAACCAAUAUUAACCACUAAUAUUUAACUUCCAUAAUUAUCUUUAUUAUCUUAUCAUCGUUUCCUAAAAAACUCAUUUUUUUUUUUUUUGCUUUUGAAACAAGGAGUGUUGUUUCACCAAUGAAAUAAUACAUAGGUUGAUUUGUAUUGAUCCAUUUUACUAAUGCGGUGUUGCUUCACCAAUGAAACAACACAAUAUGGUUGAUCUGUGUUGAUCCGUUUUGAUAAUAUAGUGUUGGUUCACCAAUGAAACAACACA